UCGGAGGGAUGUUCCCUGCUCAGGAGGAGGCCGACAGGACGGUAUUUGUGGGGAAUUUAGAGGCCCGUGUGCGGGAAGAGAUUCUUUACGAGCUGUUCCUUCAGGCUGGGCCAUUAACCAAAGUUACUCUAUGCAAAGACAGAGAAGGAAAGCCGAAGUCUUUUGGAUUUGUCUGCUUUAAACACCCAGAAUCGGUGUCUUAUGCCAUAGCUUUGCUGAAUGGAAUUCGUUUAUAUGGAAGACCCAUUAACGUGCAGUAUCGAUUUGGGAGUUCUCGCUCUUCCGAACCUGCUAACCAAAGUUUUGAGAGCUGUGUGAAGAUAAAUUCACACAGCUACAGAAAUGAAGAAGGCGCAAGCAGAUCUUGCUUUCCCAUGCCGUUCUUUCCAAUUACUGCAGCUUUACCUCAAGAAUACUUUUUCUUUCAGAAUAUGCAGUGGCAAGCAUAUAAUCCAGCGCUGCAGCUUCCUUACUAUGAGAUGACAGCACCGCUUCCUAACAGCGCAUCUGUCUCUUCCUCACUAAAUUGCGUUUCAGAUUUUGAGGCUGGCCCCAGCUCUUACGAAUGGACUCACCAACAGACAAGUGACUCUGACCUUUAUCAGAUGAAUAAACGAAAGAGGCAAAAACAAACCAGUGAUAGUGAUAGUAGCACAGAAAACAGUCGAGGAAAUGAAUACAGCCAAAAGUUUCGAAAGUGUAAGAAGAAGAAAAGAUAUUAGUAUUACCUUCAAAUGAAAUUUAUCUACACAAGACUUAAUUCUCUUAAAAGAAAAAAAAAAGUCUGUAUUCUACCAAAUGACCAGUAUCAUGGCUUUCUUGUCUUUUUUGAAGUAUAUAAUAAUAUGAAAUCUGAUUUGCUAUUCAAUUUUUGUCUUGAAUGACAAAAACUUAAUAUAAUGUGCUACUUUUGUAUUCAUAAUGGCAUUGUUGACCCAUUGUUAACAUGAAAUACACUUUGAGUUGUUAUAUUUUAGUACCGAUGAUGAAAUUGCUCUAAACUGUCAAUCAAAAGUCACUUACUGAGCACUUACGGAUAAGGCACCAUGCUGCCCGAGAUUGUCGCCUGUAACCCUCUACUGUAAAUAGGCUGGGAUUAGAAGUGGAGUGGUGGAUUUUCUGAGUGAAACUAGUGCAAAUAUUGAAGUGUUGCAUGUUGUUCCUAAUGAAGACAAAAUAAGCAGGCUUCGUUACUAACAUUUUAUUUUUUACGUCUAAGUAUGUUUUGUCUGAGCCUUAUUCUCCCACAGAUUUAUUUCAUAAAAUGAGGAUAUAUGACAGUGAUACCAAAGGAAAGAUGAUUAUCAUGGGACUCGUUUUUGGAUCAUUUCAUUUUUACAUGAUUAUAUGUAAAUAAGAAUAUCUGCUUUGCUUCUCACGUAUUAAUUGUAUUUCAUGAAAAUUAGUUGGCGGUGUCGGUAUUUAUUAUCCACCUCUUU